CUAGACCUUCUUUGCUGUGCUCACAUCAUCAGCACUCCAUCCACAACACACCUGACAUCUGCAGCCGAGGGCCAGAAGACAUGGGACUUCCAAGGAUUCCGUUAGUUCUACGCUGGAUAUGGCUUCACAGAAACUACCUGAUCAUCUUCAUCACCCCUCUUCUUAUAUUGCCCCUGCCACUGGUCCUCCCAACUCCAGAGGCAAGAUGUGGUUUUGCAAUCAUCCUAAUGGCGCUGUACUGGUGUACAGAGUGCAUGCCGCUGGCCGUCACUGCCUUGCUGCCUGUCGUCCUCUUCCCCAUGAUGGGCAUCAUGGAGUCUGGAAAGGUGUGUGUUCAGUAUCUGAAGGACACCAACAUGCUGUUUAUUGGGGGUCUGCUGGUGGCUAUAGCCGUUGAACACUGGAAUCUCCAUAAGCGCAUCGCUCUGAGUGUCCUCCUGAUAGUUGGAGUCCGGCCUGCUUUGCUGAUGUUGGGGUUCAUGAUCGUAACGGCCUUCCUCUCCAUGUGGAUCAGCAAUACGGCCACCACAGCCAUGAUGUUGCCCAUUUCUCAAGCUGUUCUUGAACAGCUCUGUGCCACAGAAGCAGACUCUGAUGAGAAAGAGCUGAGGGAAGGCCAAGAUAAUCAAGCGUUUGAGUUGACCGAGGUCAACAUCAAACAUCCUUUGGACAAUGUCUCUGGAGACAAACCCAACGACAAUCCAGAUCUGAAGGCAAGAUUGGAUACACUCUCUGAACUCAGGAGGAAAGAACGUGAAGUGAAGUACCUUCAUCUCUUUAAAGGAAUGAGUCUAUCUGUGUGUUACUCCGCCAGCAUUGGAGGAACUGCCACCCUAACGGGCACCACACCAAAUCUAAUUCUCAAGGGCCAGAUGGAUGAGAUUUUUCCAGAAAAUCAUGAUGUGAUCAACUUUGCCAGCUGGUUCGGUUUUGCCUUUCCUAACAUGGUGUUGAUGCUUGCUCUGUCUUGGCUUUGGCUGCAGUUCAUGUAUUUGGGCUUUAAUUUUAAAAAAUCUUUUGGCUGCGGUUCGAAGAACGAGGGAGACAAAGAUGCUUACGGAGUGAUGAAGAAUGAAUAUAAGAAGUUGGGUUCGAUGUCUUUUGCUGAGGGCGCAGUGCUUGUCAUCUUUGUGAUCCUGGUCAUCCUGUGGUUCACACGAGAACCAGGCUUCAUGACAGGCUGGGCUACUGAGCUCUUCAACAAAAACGGACAAUAUGUCACUGAUGGUACCGUGGCCAUUUUCAUGUCAACCCUGUUCUUCGUCAUUCCAUCUCGGAUAGACUUUCUCUAUUCAAUCAAAUCGCAUGAUGAACGGGAUGAAGAAGCUGAAGGAGCUGAGCAGGAAGGAGAAGCAAAACAGGAAAAGAAGAAGAAACUGAAGGGUACGCCCACUCUACUAAACUGGAAGGUUGUGCAUGAUCGCAUGCCCUGGAACAUAGUCCUGCUCCUGGGGGGAGGAUUUGCCUUGGCAAGUGGAAGUGAGGAGUCUGGACUAUCGCUGUGGUUGGGUCAAAGCCUGGCCCCUCUGCAGAGCAUCCCACCCUUCGCCAUCUCUCUGAUUUUGUGUUUGCUGGUGGGAAUGUUCACAGAGUGUUCCAGCAACACAGCCACCACCACGCUUUUCUUGCCCAUUCUUGCCUCUAUGGCCACAACCAUCGGGCUCCAUCCUCUCUAUGUGAUGCUGCCUUGCACGAUUAGUGCUUCGCUGGCAUUCAUGCUUCCCGUAGCCACUCCACCCAAUGCCAUCGCUUUCUCUUAUGGCAACCUCAAAGUCUUGGACAUGGCAAAGGCGGGCUUCAUUCUCAACAUCAUUGGCAUUCUGUGCAUCAACCUCGGCAUCAACACAUGGGGAGCGGCCAUGUUUAAGCUAGGAACCUUUCCCGCAUGGGCCAAUGCCACAAAUACCACAAAUACACCAUGAACAUCUUUACAACUAAUUCCUUUGGUGUAAUGAGAAUACUAAAGGGAAAGAAAGGGGGAAAGGAAGCUAAUCCAAAAAAAAAAAAAAAAAGUACCAUCAUCAUAUACACAAGUGUCAGUAUGCAGUGUUAGAGUGUGUAUAGCAUCCAUCCCCUCAUCAGUGCCCUAUGGAGCAAAAGCUUAGUUUUUCUCAAAACCUCUUAAGAGUAUACCUUUUCAAGCACUGUAUGAAGUGGUUGGUAAGGAUUUAGAGCCUCUAUUUAGUGUUAGGAAUUAUGUAUCACUUAUUUACAUCUUUAAAGUCACUCAAGUAUGAGGACUUUUUAAAUGUGAUUUGGCUCCAUGUAGCGCUUUUGCUGCCCCAAUGUGGGUUAAAUCUGAUCUAAGUUCAGGUUUAUACAGAACCUUUUUUCUACAUACUUUGUGGCUUUGGUUUUCACAAGUAGGUUUUCUGGUCUUCCAUUUGUGCUGGUUCACGAAAUUUAAUUUAAUUUAUAGGGUCUGGAUAAGACCUUUUAUAUUUUAGAUCCCUUUUUGGAUCACUGCCUAUUUAAUAUAUUUUAAUACACAGUUGAAUCAUAAAUUUUAAUUUGUUAAGUAGCAUAGUUCAAGACAUCCCCUUAAUUAGAAGUAAUAUAAAUACUUAAAUGUAAACUUCUCAGCAUUUUUCAGAAUGUGUUUUUUUUGUCAAAUAAAACUAAUUUUGUGCAAA